CUUUUUUUUACGCUUUUAUUUUGACAUUUUGUGUUAUAUCGCACACCGGAAGUUUCGUCCUUACGUUUGCUAACUUUCCAUCGAUACACGUGCGGGGGAAAAGCUGGGCGCAGACAUGCUUCGACGGGAGGCCAGACUGAGGAGAGAGUACCUGUACAGGAAGGCCCUGGAGGACAGGCAGCGUGCGGUCGAAGAGAAGAAAGAGAAGAUAAAGUCUGCUUUAGAUGAGAACCACAUGAUCCCGACGACGGUUCGGCGAGAGGCUCUAGAGCUCCAGAAGCUUCUGGAAUACGAUGACGAGGGAGGAGAGGGCGUGAGCUCUCACAUGGAUGACGAGUACAAGUGGGCUGGAGUGGAGGACCCCAAAAUCAUGGUCACGACAUCGCGAGACCCCAGCUCCCGUCUCAAGAUGUUUGCAAAGGAGGUGAAGCUGAUCUUCCCCGGGGCUCAGCGUAUGAACAGAGGGAAUCACGAGAUGAAUGCACUUGUGCAAGCCUGCAAGGCCAACGCUGUCACUGACCUGGUCAUCCUGCACGAGACCAGAGGCCAGCCAGACGCCCUGGUCGUGAGUCACCUGCCGUUUGGCCCCACCGCGUAUUUCACCCUGUACAACGUGGUGAUGAGACACGACGUCCCCGACAUCGGCACCAUGUCAGAGGCCUUCCCUCAUCUUAUUUUCCACAAUUUCAGCUCACGGCUGGGAAGGAGGGUGUCCAGCAUCCUCAAAUAUCUCUUUCCUGUGCCAAAAGAAGACAGUAAGCGGAUAAUCACCUUUGCCAAUCAGGAGGACUACAUUUCUUUCAGACAUCACACAUACCAGAAGAAGGACCAUAAGAACAUUGAACUGUCAGAGGUGGGGCCAAGGUUUGAAAUGAAACUGCACACGAUCAGGCUGGGCACUCUGGACGCUGAGAGCACUGCGGACGUGGAGUGGCGGCACAGCUCCUACAUGCGCACGGCCAAGAAGCGCAAGUUCCUGAGUGUGGACUAGCUCCGCCCACUCACCCCUCCCUCCCAAUCAGAUUCCAGCAAAUAUGGACUCUGGCCCACCUCCUUCACAAAGACUUGGUUUCAGACUGAAUGCAAAGCAUACUGUGUUUAACUGUGAUUCUUGUGAUAUAAACUGUUUAUAUAUAGCUAGAUAUCUUUAUUUUACUGAUUGUGAAAUAAAUAAUUUCAUAGGAAAAAAAAUUGUUUUCUUAAAAGAAUAAAAAAGGGUAGUUUUCUUUCUUUCCAAA